AUGAAGAAUCGGCUACGUCUCGUAACGGCCCUGACACUCUUGUGCCUCGUGCUCCAAAAUGUCGCCCACGCACAACAAUUCAAGCACCGGAUGGUCAGAUUUCGUGCUCGCCAAUCUCCCUCCUCAUCGUCUUCUCAUUCCACUUCUCAGCAGAUUGCCACCGAUGUUGAUCCCGGAAUGCAGCUCACCGAAGAUUCGGAUGCAGACGAGUCUCUCCAACACGACGAAGCGAUGCGACUGAUGAUGCGCACCAAGGCUGAGUCGGUGAUCGCGUCUCACGCUGGCACAUCCUUCACCUCGGAGGAAGUUGAGAACAUCUUGAGCGGCACUUUGCCAUCCGUCCAUCCUGGACUCUUGACCAAUGUCAGUUGGACCUUGGACGUGUUUGAGUCGGGAACAACGCUGCCGACUACCUCGAGCUUCUCGUCGUCAACAUUACAACUCAUGUCGACUGACGAGCCUGCUCCGAACAGAGCAGCGACUAGCUCAAACGACCCCAGCCAGGGCAACGUCGUCAACGUCGACGACCUCCUCCACUCGUUCUUCCACGCCGACGCCGUCAAAACCGUCUUCGACAAAGUGCAAGCUCAAUCCAACCAAAAGCUCGACAAACAAACCAAGAAACAGCUCAUCAAACACACCGCACCCGUCCUGCACAAGACCAUCGAAAAAGUGGCCAGCCACAGAGGAUGGGGAGUCCAAGACGCAAGAUUCGCUCAGAUGCAUCUGGAAGAACAGCAGCAGCAACACCAGCCAGGUCAACCCGGUCCAGAGGCGUUCAAGGACUACAAUACGUUUGUGAAAACAAUGCGCAGCGCGUUGAUCACUCCGACGGAUGCCACGUGGGAUAGCGAGGAAGAGCAAGACGAAGGGUCCAGGACUGACCCUGAUCACAAAGCAUAG